UCCAAAACAAAAGAUCGCCCUAUAUAAGCGGCCCGACCCGCUCAGGGUGUUCACCAGACCCGCUCGCUCAUCAUGGACGCCCUUAAAGCCGUUCUCCUGCUCUCCCUCUUCAUCGGGGCAGCUCUUUCUUUAAAGUGCUACACAUGCCUUAGUGAGAGCAGCAACACCAACUGCUUGACUGAGACCAACUGCUCCAACACGGAAUCGUACUGCCAGACCACCGUCUCUGCCGUUUCCGUUGCUGGGAUCUCCGCUAGCUCUAUCAGUAAGAUAUGUGCCUCGUCCUGCACACCGUACAGCGCCGGGCUCUCCGUGGCCUCCGCGUCGGUGUCGUGCUGCAGCACUGACCUGUGCAACAAGAGCGGGGCAACCAGCAUAAAGUCCGGCUUCACCGUCCUCGCCCUGUCGCUGGGACUCGUCCUUCUGCUGCUCAGGGACUCCGUCCUGUGAGGCUCAGGAGGAAACUCAAUGACCUGAUGGCUUACGGCGUAUAAUCUACCUCACGGAGCUCUAAUAAACAAAUGGAUAUGA